GCCUUACUUCUCCCCACCCGAUGACGCUUUACAAUUAUCCAUCUUCGGUUCCGCGAAAAGGGUGAGCAGCCAAUCAUGUGUGUUUGUUGCCCUUAUCUAUUCACUUCAUCUCUAGCAUACCGCUGCGAGUGUGUGUGCACCAGCAGAAGAGUAGUGCCAUGAAGCAGAUCGUGUUGAUGCUCCUACAUCGGUCCGCUGCUAUAACUCCACCCGAUAUGCCCCGCGGAUGAGAGAGAGAGCCUACUAGGUUUUGUUGGUUCGUCUCGACCUGUCGAAAGUGACGUUGAAGGGUCUGGAUCUGGAUUGAUGGGUACCGUCCGAGGGACAUAUAUCAUGCCCGUUUCCCUCCUCGUUUGUCGGCUUCUUUGUUCCUUCACCUCUUGACUGCUACUACUACUAUUACCACCACUUCCACUACCACUACACCACCUCAUCAUGUCCAACCUUGCUCCAGAGCCCGAGUUUGAGCAGGCUUACAAAGAGCUCGCCUCCACCCUCGAAAACUCCUCGCUCUUCGAGAAGAACCCAGAGUACAAAAAGGCCCUCGAGGUCGCCGCCAUCCCCGAGCGCGUCAUCCAGUUCCGCGUCGUCUGGGAGGACGACAAGGGUCAGUGCCAGGUCAACCGCGGCUACCGAGUACAGUUCAACUCCGCUCUCGGGCCCUACAAGGGCGGCCUCCGCUUCCACCCGACCGUCAACCUCAGCAUCCUCAAGUUCCUGGGCUUUGAGCAGAUCUUCAAGAAUGCCCUGACCGGCCUCCAGAUGGGCGGCGGCAAGGGCGGCGCCGACUUCGAUCCCAAGGGCAAGUCCGACAACGAGAUCCGCAAGUUCUGCGUCGCCUUCAUGCGCGAGCUCAACAAGCACAUUGGCGCCGACACGGACGUGCCCGCCGGCGACAUCGGCGUCUCCCCGCGCGAAAUCGGCUGGAUGUUCGGCACCUACCGUGCCGAGCGCAAUCGCUGGGAGGGCGUCCUGACCGGAAAAGGCGGCGCCUGGGGCGGCAGCCUGAUCCGGCCCGAAGCUACCGGCUACGGCCUCGUCUACUACGUCGAACACAUGAUCAAAUACGCCUCCGGCGGCACCCAAUCCUUCAAGGACAAACGCGUCGCCAUCUCCGGCUCCGGCAACGUCGCCCAGUACGCCGCCCUCAAAGUCAUCGAGCUCGGCGGCACCGUCGUCUCCCUCUCCGACAGCAAAGGCUGCAUCGUCGCCCCUACAGACAGCAAAGGCUUCACCCCCGAGCUCAUCGCCUCAAUCGCCCAGCUCAAGGUGCAGCGCAAACCCCUCACCGACGCCUCCCACGACUUCAAAUACAUCGAGGGUGCCCGGCCCUGGACGCACGUCGGCGCCGUCGACGUCGUGCUUCCUUCAGCCACACAGAACGAGGUCUCAGGUGAAGAGGCACAAGCCCUGAUUGCCGCAGGCGCAAAGUUCAUCGCAGAGGGAAGCAACAUGGGCUGCACGCAGGACGCCAUCGACGCCUUCGAAGCACACCGCAAGUCUGAAAAGGGCGACGCAAUCUGGUAUGCGCCUGGUAAGGCGGCGAAUGCGGGUGGUGUGGCGGUGUCGGGUUUGGAAAUGGCGCAGAACUCGGCGCGGCUGCGCUGGUCGGCUGAGGAGGUGGAUGCGAAGCUGCGCGGGAUUAUGGAGGAUUGCUUUCAGAACUGUCUGACGACGGCCAAGGAGUAUGUUGCGCCUGCCGAGGGCGAGUUUCCUAGUUUGGUGGCAGGCGCGAAUAUUGCGGGUUUCAGCAAGGUUGCGGCUGCGAUGCGGGAUCAGGGGGAUUGGUGGAGUUGGAGUCUUGCGCAUCGGGUACUCGUUACAUCUACACAACCUACACACGCUCCUCCAGCACCGAAUACCGCCUCGUUACGCACCAACUUUCCCGCACCUCCAACAACCCCUGAACAAGCCCACAAGCCCACAGACCCAGACAUCACCCCCCAACCCGCCCAUCAAGCAACCCAUUAACACACCCAAACACAUCAUGCCAAUACAACCACUCCCGAAACCCCCUAUCCAGCAACGGACCCAGAACCCCAUUC